AUGAUAAUACAGCAAGUCUUUCUGCUGGUGCUGUUCUGGAUAUGCCUGCUACACCCCUGCUUGUCAGCAAUGGUGUUUACUAGGACUAUAGAACAUCAACGGCCAACUUUCAGAACUCAUGGAAUAGGAAAUGAGGGGAAAGUUCUGCACCGUCAGAAACGAGGCUGGAUGUGGAACCAGUUUUUCUUGUUGGAGGAAUACACCGGAUCUGAUUACCAAUAUGUAGGCAAGCUUCACUCUGACCAGGACAAAGGAGAUGGAUCUCUCAAGUACAUCUUGUCAGGAGAUGGGGCAGGCACUCUUUUUGUUAUUGAUGAGAGAACAGGAGACAUUCAUGCCACAAGAAGAAUUGACAGAGAAGAAAAAGCUUACUAUACUCUACGUGCCCAGGCCAUUAACCGAAGAACACUCCAGCCAGUGGAACCUGAAUCAGAGUUUGUCAUCAAAAUCCAUGACAUCAAUGACAAUGAGCCAACAUUUCCAGAAGAAGUUUAUAUAGCAAGUGUUCCUGAAAUGUCAGUGGUUGGUACUUCUGUUGUUCAAGUCACAGCCACUGAUGCUGAUGACCCUUCAUAUGGAAAUAGUGCCAGAAUUAUCUACAGCAUACUUCAGGGCCAGCCAUAUUUCUCUGUGGAGCCAGAAACAGGCAUUAUUAGAACAGCUCUGCCAAAUAUGAACAGAGAAAAUAGAGAGCAAUAUCAGGUUGUUAUCCAAGCAAAGGAUAUGGGGGGCCAGAUGGGCGGAUUAUCAGGAACCACCAUGGUGAAUAUCACCCUGACUGAUGUCAAUGACAAUCCACCUCGAUUCCCACAGAGUUCAGUCCACCUACGCAUCCCAGAAUCUUCUCCAGUUGGCACUGCCAUUGGAAGCAUUAAAGCCUCUGAUGCAGACACUGGGAGAAAUGCAGAACUUGAAUACCGAAUUAUUGAUGGUGACGGAAGAGACAUGUUUGAUAUUGUAACACAAAAGGACACACAGGAGGGCAUUAUAACAGUACGAAAGCCAUUGGAUUAUGAGAAUCGAAGGCUAUAUACUUUGAAAAUAGAGGCAGAGAAUCUGUAUGUUGACCCACGCUUUUAUUACCUUGGACCUUUUAAAGAUACAACUACUGUGAAAAUAUCUGUGGAAGAUGUGGAUGAACCUCCUAUAUUUAGCAGAUCUUCAUAUCUUUUUGAAAUACAUGAAGAUAUUGAAGUGGGCACCAUCAUAGGCACGGUCAUGGCACGAGAUCCAGAUUCUGCUGCAGGCCCAAUAAGGUUUGCUUUGGAUCGUCACACUGAUCUUGAUAGAAUUUUCAACAUACAUUCAGGAAAUGGAUCAAUCUAUACUUCUAAAAUGCUUGACCGAGAAAUAUCAGUGUGGCACAACCUUAGUGUAAUAGCAUCAGAAAUCAACAAUCCCAAAGAGAUGACCCGUGUUUCUGUGUACGUACGAAUAUUGGAUGUGAAUGACAAUGCACCACAAUUUGCUGUAUUCUAUGACACUUUUGUGUGUGAAAAUGCAAGAGCAGGACAACUAAUACAGACCAUUAGUGCUGUUGAUAAAGAUGAUCCCCUUGGAGGACAAAAGUUUUUUUUCAGCUUAGCUGCUGUUAAUCCAAAUUUCACCGUCCAAGACAAUGAAGAUAACACAGCCCGGAUUUUGACAAGAAGGAAUGGCUUUAGCCGACAUGAAAAAAGCACAUACCUCCUUCCGGUGGUGAUAUCAGAUAAUGACUACCCUAUCCAGAGUAGCACAGGCACACUCACAAUCCGGGUGUGUGCUUGUGACAGUCAGGGAAACAUGCAGUCCUGCAAUGCUGAAGCUUUGCUCCUCCCAGCGGGCCUUAGUACAGGCGCACUCAUUGCCAUUCUGCUCUGUAUCAUCAUACUCUUGGUUAUAGUGGUGUUGUUUGCUGCUCUAAAGAGGCAGCGCAAGAAAGAGCCUCUGAUCCUUUCUAAAGAAGACAUCAGAGAUAAUAUUGUGAGUUAUAAUGAUGAAGGGGGUGGAGAGGAAGAUACCCAGGCUUUUGAUAUAGGCACUUUGAGAAAUCCUGCAGCUAUUGAAGAUAAGAAACUCCGUCGAGAUAUUAUCCCAGAAACAUUAUUUAUACCACGGAGGACUCCUUCUGCUCCAGAUGACACAGAUGUCCGUGAUUUCAUUAACCAAAGGUUGAAGGAGCAUGAUCAUGACCCCUCUGCUCCACCUUAUGACUCCCUAGCAACUUAUGCCUAUGAAGGAAAUGAUUCUAUAGCUGAAUCCUUGAGUUCUUUAGAGUCUGGCACCACUGAGGGAGACCAAAACUAUGAUUACCUCAAGGAAUGGGGGCCUCGAUUUAAUAAGCUUGCUGAGAUGUAUGGUGGAGGCGAAAGUGAUAAAGACACUUCCUAACCUACGGUAGGAUAUAUAGUUCAAUUGAGAGGAAGUAACUUUACAGAUACCUUUUCCACGUGACAAUAUUUGAUGUUCAGGAGCAUUCUCCUACCACUCAGCACAAUGUUUCUUUUUCUUCUUCUUUUUUCUUCAUUUUUGGUUUUUGAAUUGCUCAUUAAUGUCCUUUAUUCUUUUUUGUGAAAUGUCACAUGGAAUAUAGUCAGCAUUUUAUUUCACCCCAUU